UUUGCUUCUUUUUUUUUGUCCAAAGAAAUAGUUCAUGCGUUUAUAUCUGCGUGUCUUUUUCAGCUCAUAAUGUUUAUGUUUGUCCUAGGUUAAUUAGGCAGCAUGCUUAUAGAACUCGAGCGAUCAUCGCGCCGGCAGAUGCCAGAUGGCAGCGUUAACGAGCUGGCUAGCUAGCAUUCAGAAUGCUACUACUAGCUGUCUCAUGAAUCUUAUGUUUUCUAGGGUCAACGCAAUCAUCGAAACAGACCAACUGCACGUCUGCACAGGUAUUAGCUAGCACAAAUUCAGAAUAAAAUGAUCAUAGAAAUAAUAGCUUCAGCACGAGACGCUCAGUAUAAAUACUGUGUAUGGCAGCAUCGCUUCUCAUCUCAGAGCAAAGCUAGAGGCUAGAGAGAAGACGACACGACAGGGAGAGACAUAGGCAUUUCAGCAUUUGAAGAGAGAUGGAAACGGGAGUGUUCGUCGUGUCCGCCGUGGUAGGAUUGUUCGCGGUGGCGAGCGCCGUCCUGGGGUUCAUCGCCGAGGAGAAAAAACUCACCCCCGAAGACAUCGACGUGUCGAGCGGCGAGUGCGAGUACCCGGCGAACGCCGCCUUCGUGCUGGGGAUAUGCGCGGUGCUCCUGCUGGCGGUGGCACAGAUCAUCGUCUCCUCCGUCGCCGGCUGCUGCGGAUGCUGCAGGCCUCGUGCCGGCGCUUCCGAGUCCAGGCGUGUCACCGGCAUUGUCUGCUCUGUCUUCUCAUGGAUCGCGGCGAUCGUCGCGGGUGUGUCCUUCGUGCAAGGCGCGGCGUGGAACGCGCCGGUGACGCGCGACACGGCGCCGCUGUGCUACUACCUCAAGGACGGCGUCUUCAGGAGGGCGGCCGUGCUGAGCCUCGCCGCCGCCGUGUUCGGGAUCAAGUCCUACAUCAUGCUUCGCGUCGCCGCGGCGGUCGAGCCUAAGCCCGACGGCCAGCAGCCGCAGCCGCAGCAGGCCCCCGCCGCACCGGUUGUGACGGGAUAUCCGCCGCAAGGAUAUGCGCCUAACCAGCAGUUCACUGCUGCGGCUGAUCAAGUAUAUGGGCCGAGCGCGCUGUACCCUCCUACCAAAGGUUAUGGCCAAGUGUAGAAGCGUCCGUGGCCCCGCCCAGUGGCCCCGUCCAGGUUUUGCAGGGCUGGUUUGGUUUGAGGCCUAAAUUAGGCUUACCAAUAUUUGGCAAUUUUAAUAAUGUUUAGUAUCUAUUUGGUUUGAAGCCAAAUUUUGAUAUGCCUAAAAAAAUAGGCCAUUUCA